AUGAACAGCACCACCACCUCCGGGGGAUUUAUGGGCUCCGAAAACAUCAGUGGAUUUGGUUACGGCAUCGGAGUUUCCGUCGGAAUCCUCCUCCUAAUCACAACCAUCACGGUGGCGUCAUAUUACUGCACCAGAAAUACAACAAUUGCACCGCCGCGGAGGGCGGCUGCCCCGCCGCCGUCGGAUGCCGUGCAACACUUUGUCAUAGACGUCGGACUUGAUGAGGCCACCAUCACUAGCUACCCCAAGAUGCUUUACUCGGCGGCUAAAGUGAAUCACAAGGACUCCUCAGCCACAUGCUGUUCCAUUUGUUUGGCAGAUUACAAGAACAGCGAUAUGAUCCGGGGGCUGCCGGAUUGUGGCCACCUUUUCCACCUCCGGUGCGUCGACCCGUGGCUGCGGAUGCACCCCACCUGCCCGGUGUGCAGAAACUCGCCCAUGCCAACGCCGCUGUCAACUCCUUUGGCCGAGGUGGUUCCCCUAGCAACCAGACCUGUAUGA